AUGAGUGCUGGAGUGUUAAAGUUAAAUGUGAAAUGUUGUGGACCAGUCUGUACUUGCCAGCCUAAUCCUCUUGGCAUUACCGCCAAUAAAUGGGUUGAUCAGCCAACCAAAGGAUUUACCAAAUAUGUUCAUAGUAUUACAACAGGAGGCACAUUUACUCUAAAUGGAAAAGUAGAUGGAAGUAAGGUAGGGUCAGCAGGAAAAUCUACUAAUAAUGUUAGGUCGGUAUCAGUUUACUACUGGAAUGGAGCCCCUGAUAGACCAAUCCUUAUUGAAAUUAUCACCAAUAGUGGUGGUGGCACAACUACAUUCUAUGGGAAAAAUGGCAUUGGAGGACACUUAUCUUGGUUGAAUGGCCCAGUUAAAGAUAAGACUCUAAUACAAGCACUUGAUGAUUUUAACUGCAAGAUUAAUAAUGUAGUUCCAUUUGAUAUACAGGACUCUCAAUCUGGUUCUAUUCUCAAUGACUCAAAUUCCACCUGUAUAGAGAGCAAAAGGAUAACCCAAUCUAAUCUUCUACAAAAUCCUCCUGGUAGUGACUAUGUUUCUAAAGCAUACAUCAUUACUGCUAGUCUUAAUACAGGGAUAUCCAGGGUAACUUACAACGGUAAGCCUACUGACAUUUCUACUCCUAAUGAGACAAUUGAUUUAAUCACACUUUAUUCAUAUCCAGGAAGUAUAGAAGUCCCUCUUAUGAUCGAGUUCAAGCCAUCAAACAAUAGGAUAUCUAGAUGGUUUCAUAGUAAAAACACUGGUGAACACGGUAAAGAAUGGAAAGAACAUGGCAAUGAUCCUGGAUUUUACACCGCAGACAGUGAUCCUAAGCCUACUGCAAAGCUGUCAGAAAAACUGGAUGAAGUGUUAUGCACAGAAUAUGGCAAUGUUACCCUGGAUUUAUCACACGCCAGAAAGUCUGGGAACUAUUGUUGCAGUGAACAUGGUAGUCAUAAAGGCACAGGUAGAAUCUCUGUCACACCCGGAGAGAUCACAGUAAAUGGUGAGACAAAGACUGACUACUACAAGCAUGCCAUUACCGAUAGCAGAUAUGGACUUGCCGGUAUAUAUUAUAAUGAUAGUGGAGUUAAUAUGAGGAAAAAUGUAAAGCUCUCGGGAGUAUCAUUUCCCGUCUCUGUAAAUGGUGUCUACUUCUUUUAUUGCGCAGGGGAGGAACCCUCACUCAUCUAUAUUAAUAGUGAUAGUAUUAUGACCAAGGGUUGGUACAAGAAGGAUACUGGAGAAUGGAAAUGGAUCUCUGAGCUGAUUGGCAUAAACUCUAAUGACAUAGAAGGUGGACUUACUUGUGCGAAAUGGAGAAAGCUUUUCGAGAUACUCAAAGGAUUUAAUUGUAGUGAUUUGCAAGAGUGUUCCUAUACCGAUCAUUUAAAACAGGCUAAAGAGGAAAACGAACUCAAACUACAAGAGGAAGAAGCAAACAAUGAAAGAGAAAAUGCUAAAAAACAGAAGCAGAAAUCUACUCAUACUCCUACUAAAGAAGAUGAUCCAGUCUCUCAACUUCCUAAAACUGCUAUGUCUGCUCCUCAAGAACCUGGUCCUCCCCCUUCUGGAGCUAAACCUGAAUCUGUUGAAAAAGGCGAUAGAGGGGAAUCUGGAGAUUCUAAAACGCUUGGACCUCAAGGACCUCCUGGUCCAUCUGGUAAUAAAGGUGAAUAUGGCCAUAGUACAGGAAAGACUAAGACUAGGAGAUCAAUAGAUAAGGGUUCUAGUUCGCCAUGGUAUAAAGAUUUUGAUUUUACGAGAUUGAUUGGAAAUGUAAUUGCCCCUCUUGCUCCUCAAGCUAAAGCUAAAGUUGAAUCACAAGAUACUGUCAAAAAUACCACUGUUCAAACUGGUGGAUCUACUCCUGUCACUCCUCCUAAAGUUGAACUCACUCCAGCUUCUCUUACUCCUGAUGCUACUGUUGCUUCUAGUCAAUCUAGUGGUAAUGAAUUUACUUCUCCAUCUACUACUUCUCAAACACAAACUGCUGCUGAUGGUACUGAUCCUCAUAAUCCUCCUGUUCGUCAUUCUACUGAAGAAUCUCUUCCUGAAGCUCAACCUGCUGAAUCUACUAAAGCCGCUUUUGUUGGUCCUGAAGUUGCUGCCGCUGGUUCUGUACUAUGGACAACAUUUGGAGCAUCCUCUGGUACUCUUGCCGGAGCUGGUGGUCUUACUGGACUUGGUUGGUGGAUCUACAAACGUUCUAAAGGAGAGCCUGACUGCGGAAGGCGUGAUUCAGUUACUCAGGAUCUUAAGAAUCUCCAAUCUGAUAACGACGCUGAUUAUAGCAAAGCCAUUCUUCUGUCCUUGAAUACACUCGGCGAUGACCUAAACCAAAACCACAACUCCAAAAGAUCCUCAGGAAUAAUACCACAGUUGUGUAGCUCAGUAAAGACAAACUUGUGUGUCUGUCCAUCUACCAUGUAG